AUGCUCAUCAACAGCUUAAGUUUCUUCAGGAGUCACUGGACUGUCUGGAAAAUAAUUGGAGUUACCUACAAAAAGGUGAAAUGGACACAGCUUUACAUCGUCUAUAGUCUCCUAUCGAACCUUAUAGUAACCGUUUGGUAUCCAUUGCAUUUGGGCAUAAUGCUGUUUAGAAACAAAAACUUUUCGGAUGAUAUCUUAAACCUCACGACAUUCGCGACCUGCUUGGCCUGUUCACUAAAGACCGCUUUAUACGCCUAUAACUUUGAAAAGGUCGAGCAAAUGGAACAACUGCUAAAGCUACUGGACUUGCGGAUCAAGAGUGCGCCAGAGAAAGCCAUCUACAGCCAGUUGAGAACACAGCUGAGAAACAUUCUCUAUGUUGUUAUUGGCAUCUAUCUGCCAAUUGGUGUUUUUGCCGAAUUUUCAUUCAUUUUUAAGGCGGAGCCUGCUCUCAUGUAUCCGGCCUGGUUUCCCUUUGAUUACGUCAACUCGACGCGCAACUUCUACAUCGCCCACGUAUAUCAGAUUAUGGGAAUUGGCUUUCAAAUACUGCAGAACUAUGCGAACGACUGCUUUCCCGCCGUAAUGUUGUGCCUGAUCUCAGCUCACAUAAAGAUGCUCUACGUGCGCUUCGAGCAGGUGGGAGAGGAUGAUGCUAAGGAUGCUGAGGAUCAGCUGGAGGCAUGCAUAACCGAUCACAAGCGUUUGCUAGAACUGUUUCGCACCAUUGAGUCCUUCAUGUCGCUGCCCAUGCUGAUUCAGUUCGCGGUGACUGGGCUGAAUAUAUGUACUAGCAUUGCGGGGUUGCUCUUUUUUGUUACUGAGCCCAUGAGUAUAACAUAUUUCUUAUUUUAUGCCUUGGCUAUUCCGCUGCAAAUCUUUCCCAUCUGCUACUAUGGCAAAGACAAUGAGCUUUGGUUUGGAAAGCUGCACUAUUCGGCAUUCAGCUGCAAUUGGACAGCGCAGCAUCGUAGUUUUAAGAAGAAGCUGAUGAUGUUUGUGGAGCGCUCAUUGAAAAAGAGCACUGCAAUGGCGGGUGGCAUGCUACGCAUUCACGUGGACACAUUUUUCUCAACUCUCAAGUUUGCCUACUCCCUGUUCACGAUCAUAAUACGCAUGCGAAAGUAAUUGGU